AUGGACGAUGUGCAAACAAAAGAUAACGAUAAGGCACAGUUAGAUUUGAUGAAAAUUUGCAGGCGGCCAGAUCUAAACUUAAGGAGAGUUGAUAAUGUGCAAUGGGCUAAACCAAAGGUGGCGUUCGCUCUAACAAAGGAGCAGAGGCAAAAUGUUUAUAGGUGGGUUAGCGAAUUGAGGUUUCCUGAUGGUUACGCCUCUAACUUGAGCAAGUGUGCAAACAUAUCACUAGGUGUACUUUUUGCUUAUCCGGGUUCAUGUAAGUCUAGUUGGGUGGUUGUGGUUAAGACUAAGUCAAGAGGCCACAUCGAGUCUUAUGAUAGGACAGAGGGUCAGGAACUUUACCAGAUUGAUGACCCAACCACUUUGAAAAUGGUGGUUGAUACCAGUGAACUGAUUACCCUUAGCUCUGCUGUUACGGAUGAUGAUAUCAUUAACCUUGAAUUACAGGACAACACACUACCACAACAGGACGACGAUCUUGAAGAAGAAGAGGUCGACAUGGAUAAAGAGGAGGAAGACGAGUUCAAUGAUAAGAAAACUAUCUCAGAAGAAGAGGAUGGUGAAACAGAGGAAAAAGAUGAUGAAUUUGAAUAG